AUGGAUAUCAUCUCUUCAUUUCGUUCAUCUGCACCAACGGUUGAUCAAGCUGAACAAGUUGCAACCUCAUCAACCUAUAAAAAAUUACCUAAUAAAUUAAAACGAAAUAAUUAUCAACGACGCUCAAUUUGGAUUCAUGCAAAACGUAUCUUUCAUAAACGAUUGAUAUCGAAAUUAACAACUAAUAAAUCUUGCAAUAUGGAAUUAACACUAAGUAUUGAAACUAUCGAAAAUAGCCAGAAAAUAAUAUCAGAUUCUGAUAAAAGCUCAGAUUCUGUUCAUCGAUUAUUGGCACCGGUGUUAUUACAAGUUUUUCCAUAUCUUGACAUUUAUGAUCGCAUACGUCUUCGAAGAGUAUGUCGUUUAACGGAAGAAAUAUUUCAUCAAAGUUUGAUAAGUUUGCCACCUAUCAAAUUGCAAGGAGUAUCAUUGGAUAAUAUCGAAAUUUGGACUGAUCACUCUGAUCUUAUCAUACAACUUUUGGUGCCUGAAUAUACUUUUGCAACAGAAACAGUCACGAAUGAUGUAAUAAUCAUAAAAGAUUGGCAGGCUGAAUUACUUGUACAGCGAAUUGCAAAACGUGUCGACUACAUCGAACAUCUUUGGUUAGAGACACCAAUAAAUGGUGAAUUGUGUAGUGCACUUCUGAAAGCAGUUUCAAGAACAGAUUUAGUCGAGAAUGGACGAUGGCGACAGUUGAAAAUGGAUAAGAUGACAAUUGUUGGUAGUGAUGAUGAUGAUUGUGAAGUGAUAUCAAAAGUUGUGAAUCAUUUUUCAACAUCACUUCACGAAUUAUGUUUUCGUCAUAUUUCCAUGGAUUUUGGUUUGUAUUGUGAAGAAUUUUGGGCUGCCAUUAAGCAAUGUCAACAAUUGCGCCAAUUUCAAUAUCAAACAUGCCAUCUGGACAGCUUCUCACAUAUGUAUCUGCUCGAAGCAUUAGAUGGAAAGAAUCUUACGACACUUGAACUUGGCGGUAUUGAAUAUCUUUCAUCAUCGAUCCUAUCCAAAAUAUUAGCCAAUACACCGAUUCAAAAUUUAGCAAUAAUUUGUCCAUAUAUAAAAUUUCAUUCAUAUUUACAAAAUGAUAUUGAUAAGGCAUUGAAAAGGCUUGAAACACUCUUGCUACAGUGUACGGCAUCGUUUGAUUUGGACAGUUUGAUGGAGCGUGAAUGCGUCAUUCAAGUAUUACAACAAAUGCCGCCUGGCGGUGUUUUACGGAUCAUACAUAUCAGUGAGAACAAUGCUGUCCAAGCAGCAAGAAUUAUGAGUUAUUGGCUUGAAAUAGCACGUGAAACAAUGUGUAGUGUGAAAUUGAAACUAUCGGGAAUUUCACAAAAUCGAAUUGAUCAAGCUAUUGGCCGAUUGUUACGAAAAUGCAAUAACGUCUUCAAAGUAGCAUUCAAAGGGUCAUCAUUAAUGCUAACAAGGGGCAAAGGUAAUGUAUGCAUUCUGGACAAAUAUAUGUGGUUUGGUGAAGAUGAAGAUGAAUAA